CCCCCCCCCCCCCCCCAGAGGACGAGAGGAAAGGAGGAGCGAGCGGCGGAGAGGAGAGGAGCAGCAGCCAUGGCGACCACUCUCUCGUUAUCUUCUCCCCUCUUCCUCGCCGCUCCGCCCAGAGCUAGAGGAGGAGUGGUUUCAGCCGGUCCAUCAUGGAGCACUGCAAAUCUUCCGUGCAAGGGACGUUUUGCUGGUAUGAGGAGACGUGGCCGGAAGCAACAACGAAGCACACCAAUAGUAUCUCUGUUUGGAAGAAAGACCGCAAAGAAGACCACUAGAGAAACGGUCGUCCCGGACCCAGACUAUCGAUUACCGAUCGCUAUACUUGGGAUAUCUGGUGUGUUUGCAUAUGCAGACAAUCUUCUUGCCGCUGCACCUGUAGGCCUACUGGGGCUGCUUCUCUUGUUUCAGACUACUAGAGUUAGGUUCGUCUUUGAUGAUGAUUCCCUGGAAGUGAAAGUGGGCAAUCAGCUGCAGGAGUCAGGCGAGAACGUAUUUGUUGGUGGCAAGAACCGUUGGAAGUACUCAACAUUUGUGAACUGGGAACUAUGGUGGCCGCAAUUUCCUAUCCUAGUUUACUUCAAAGAGACCCAAACAAAACCCGAAGGCCAAAUUCAUUUCUUCCCAGUGAUUUUCAACGGCCGACAACUCUAUGAUAUCAUGGUGGAGCGUGCUGGACCGUCGGAAACAAGUGGGCCAGGUCCUUGAGACAGACGACGAGUUGUGCUAAGUUCCAUGAGCCAAAAUCAAUGGUGUCUUCACUAAGCGUGUUGACAGAUUUGAAGAAACUACUUCAAUGCAUGUAUUCUGUGUUUUGAAUUAUCUACUCCUUGAAAACAAAAGAUGUACAAUAAGCAUGUUAAAGUCGAUACGUGAGAUAAUGAUGUAAGAGCAUCUCCAACAGAGUUGGUAAACUCAUGUCCAAUCCCUA